UUCUCCAACCACCACCAUGCCGGGCUCGACGCUCAUCCCCGUCCUCACUCUCCCUCAACCUCUUGUACUUCUACCCACCGCUAGACUCCAGGUCUUCCUCGACGAACAGGCCGGCUUGAAGCUUGUCCAACUCGUGCAGCGCUCCGACGCCCAGCUCGUCAUCGGAACCGCCCUCUGCACGUCCACCUCUGAGAUCUUCUCCUGGGGUACCGGUGCACGCGUCGUGCGCGUCGUGCGGACUGUCUCUCGGUCUCUGGACAAAGCUUACCAAGUUACUCUGCACGGUCUUUCGCGGCUGCACUACCCCGACACGCAAUCGGGCGCUCCCUUCAGCCCAAGCGACGUAGUCGAGCUCAGGGCAGACCGGCCAAAGGAUGAAGGCCCCGCUUCGCAUGAAGCUGUGGCCACCUUCCGCGCCGCUGCCACCAAGCUCCUAGACCACCUGGCACAGGACGCCAACCACCAGUCUCGGCGGGAUGUAUACGUCAAGAUAUCACACAUGCUCGAAGAGGUUUCCGAUGACAGGACGCCUUGGAUGGCAGAUGUCAUCGUCGCGGGGAUCAACAAGCUUGACUACAAUGACAAACUCGUGUAUCUAUCCGCGUCGUCAGUGAACGAACGCCUCCAGCGCGCGACGGAGCUCUUCGUCAAGCAAGCCUCCAUUUCGGAGGUGACGAAGAAGAUCGCCCAGUCCAUAGACGAGUCGCUGUCGAAGCAGCAGAAGGAGUUCUUCCUCCGCCAGCAACUUGCCGCCAUCCAGCGCGAGCUGCAAACUCUCACCCGUUCGUCAGGCGCGUCGAAUCAGGACAGCGCCGCGCGUCCAUCAAGCGGCGUCUCCGAGCUUGACGACCCUGAGCAGGCCGAGGCGGAGGACAUGGCCGACAUCCGGAACAAGAUUGAGGCAAUGGCCAAGGACAGCGAGGAGCGGAAGAUGGCCGUGCGUGAAUGGAAGCGGUUCCAGCGGAUACCCGCGGGCAGCGUCGAGCACGGUGUCAUCCGCAACUACCUGGAAUGGCUCACUUCGAUACCCUGGCCUUCGUCGGCGGCGUACGCCGAUGUCUCCGUCGGCAAGCUGCGCGACCGCGCGUUCCUCGAGGACGCGCGCAAACAGCUUGACGAAGACCAUUAUGGGCUUGAGAAGAUCAAGAAGCGUCUCAUCGAGUAUCUCGCUGUUGUUCGCCUCAAGCAGCUGCAGGCCGAGCGCGAGUCGCUUUUGCAAUCCUCGACGGGCAGCGCCUCCGAAAGCGAGUCCUCCCAGCGCACAGCAGGUGACGCAACCUCGCGCGCGUUGGCCUUGAUAUCAAAAGCGCUAAACUCUGGUACCACCGCAGGCGCAGAGGUGAGCGACGCAGGCAAGAACGAGAGUAAGGCUGUGUCCACCCAAAUAGGGGCUCCCGUGAAGUCGCCGAGCCAACCAAAGCGAGGCUCUGGUAGCAAAGCCGUCAAGGGUCCGAUCUUGUUGUUUGUUGGUCCACCUGGUACGGGCAAAACCUCGCUCGGGCAAUCCAUCGCCCGCGCGUUGGAGCGGCCAUUCCAGCGUAUAUCACUCGGCGGCGUCCGGGAUGAGGCCGAGAUCAGGGGCCACCGGCGAACGUACGUCGCGAGCGGUCCAGGUGCCAUCGUGCAGGCGUUGCGUAAAGCAGGACGUCCCGAUCCCGUUAUUCUACUUGACGAGAUAGACAAGAUUGGCCAAAGCAACUUUCAUGGAGACCCUGCGGCUGCGCUACUAGAGGUCCUCGACCCCGAACAAAAUCAUUCAUUUAACGACCAUUAUGUCAACGUCCCGAUCGAUCUCAGCCAGGUACUCUUCAUCUGCACAUCCAACUCUCUGGAGACAAUCUCCGCACCUCUUAUGGACCGCUGCGAGGUCGUCCACUUGUCAGGAUACACCUACGACGAGAAGCUACACAUCGCCCGCAAGUUCCUGCUCCCGAAGCAGCUUAGGGCGAACGGCCUCACUCCAGGACACGUCACGCUUACCCAGCCCGCUCUCCUCCGGAUCGCGACCCACUACACGCGCGAAGCUGGCGUCCGGUCCCUCGAGCGCGCCAUCGGCGCCGUCGUGCGCUACAAAGCCGUCGAGUGGGCAGAGUAUGUCGACGCGAGCGGCAACGACGACAUCGCGCUUGUCCCCGCCGUCACCGCUGCGGACCAAGUGGCCGAAAAGGCCGCGGGGCGCGCACGAACGUACAAGAAGGCGGUCGAGGAGGACGAGCUUGAGGCGAUCCUCGGCAUCGCGCGCUGGGACGAGGAAGAGCUGCACCGCGAAGAGCGGCGCGGGCUCGUGUACGGGCUGGUCGUCACGGGCAUGGGCGAGGGCGGGAUCCUGCCGAUCGAGACGAGCGCGGUGCCUGGCACAGGCCAGCUGAAGCUCACGGGCAGCCUGGGCGAGGUCAUCAAGGAGAGCGGCGAGCUCGCGCUGAGCUGGGUGAAGAGCCAUGCGUAUGAUUUGUACAUCACGAAGCUGCGCUCGCAAGAUCCACUCAAGGUGCCCGACCCGAUUGAUAUCCAUUUGCACCUCCCGUCGGGGGCGGUCAAGAAGGACGGUCCUUCUGCUGGGAUUGCCAUGACAUGCGCAUUCGUUUCCCUGCUCACAGGAGCGUGUAUACCCACGAACGUCGCCAUGACUGGCGAGAUUACGCUCCGUGGACGCGUCGGCCCUGUCGGCGGGAUCAAGGAGAAGGUGCUCGGCGCACACCGCGCGCAGAUCACGAAGGUCAUCCUGCCCUGGGCGAACCGCAAGGAUGUCGAGCACGACGUGCCGCCGGAGGUCCGCGCGGAGAUGCAGUUCGUCUUCGCGCGCACGAUGGACGAGGUCCUCGAGGCCGCGUUCGGCAAGGGCGUCCUCUCCUGGCGCCACGCCAUGGUCGUCAUGGAGAGCCGUCUGUAAAGCCCACUGGGCGGAGGUGAGGGGGAGGGUCGGCGCGCCCAGGGUUCUAUUGUAUCUUCUAUGUGCAUGCUUUAAACUAAGACUGCGACGGGACGGACUACUGGAGGUGGAUAUGCCAUAUACACAGCUGUAGUUUUAAUGAAUUCUUGUAUCUACAGUUCUGCGAAUAUACCUCAUGUACAG